AUGUCCGACUAUCACCGCCAGAUUUGGCUGCAGGACGAGGGAUUCAAGUCCACAAUCCAGGCCGUUGCUCUUGUCGACACCGGUGCCACCGACAAUUUCAUCAGCGAGCAAGUUGUACGGCGACUCGAUGCGAAAAUCUACCCUUACCGUGGACACGUGCUACUAGGAAAUGGGCAGAAACAAGCAAUUCACGGAUCGGUAGGGCUACAUUUCGGUCUGUACACUCAGCGAAACCGCUGGCAGGACCAGUUCAUCGUGGUUGCCGGGCUUCCUUAUGACGUCGUGUUUGGCAGGGAACUCAACGAUCGGUUGAAGUUUUUUCUGAGAAACCCUCUGAGGAAGCGGUACGGGAAGCAGAGAGACAGGCAGAAGAGCAUGACCGGCAGGUUGAGGAGCAGAAUCAACGAGAGCGCGAAGAAAGGCGAGCCCGUAGAGCACAGGCAAAACAUCAGCUACGAAAUUAGAAUGUAG